AUGUUACAAUUUUUGGAACCCUCUGCAUCUUCGGAUGUAGGCCCUACUACUAAUAACUCCUCCACUCAGAUUACCUCUAUCGACCCUGUAUCUCUCACGCAAACGUCUCGCUCCACCUCACCGCCUAUCGUGCGUCAAAACCUUCGCAUGGCUUACGAACCACCGUCACAAACGACUACUCGCUCUGGUCAUCUUGCCCACCCUCCCGUACGCUAUGAUCCUGAAUUGCGUUGCAGCGCUCCACCUAGGACGGGGGGUGAUGUCAUGAUCUCUGUCGUGCUACAGACACACUGCGAACUCUUGAUGCUCUUCCAUCGCUGUACAUUUCAUUCCUCAUUAGUUGCAUCCGCUCCGCAGCGCGCUCUCGACUACUCGAGGUUGGAUAGCCUCGAGGCGGAUAUUCUUCUUUUUAGUUGCAUCCGCUCCGCAGCGCGCUCUCGACUACUCGAGGUUCAAUAG